AUUUAUUUUUCAAGCAAAGCAUAAGGGUAUAUAUAUACUCCAGUCUAGUAGGUGGCGGUAAUACAACAAAAUUGAAUGCCAACUGCCCUUAAACCAAAGAAGAAGAAGUUGUUGUACAGAGAACACACGAGUGUGGCGUUGGAGAUUAAAGAAGCAGGCAAAAAGCUAACAUAUUUACUAGCUUGGUUUCCUGCUAAAAUCGCCAUUCGCUGAAGAAAAUAUGAGCCUGUUAAAUAAACCCAAGUCUGAGAUGACUCCUGAGGAGCUCCAGAAGCGGGAGGAGGAGGAGUUUAAUACUGGGCCCCUGUCUGUGCUCACCCAGUCUGUCAAAAACAACACACAGGUCCUCGUCAACUGCCGAAACAACAAGAAGCUGCUUGGCCGUGUCAAGGCAUUUGACAGACACUGCAACAUGGUCCUGGAGAAUGUGAAGGAGAUGUGGACAGAAGUGCCCAAGAGUGGCAAGGGCAAGAAGAAGUCCAAACCAGUAAACAAGGACCGUUACGUCUCCAAGAUGUUUCUGAGAGGAGACUCCGUGAUCGUGGUGCUGAGAAACCCCCUCAUCACAGGGAAAUAGACUGUUAAUUUGCCCACUUCACCUGUCUUUGUCAAAGAGAUGAUGGCAGGCAGUGGAUGGGCUGUCAUUAUGUGAAAAUAAUGUUUUUUGUUUUGGAACCGAGAGGAAUCUGAGCUGUGUGUUUAGAAUUGAAUGUGAGAAAAUGAUACCAAGUUCACACUUUGGAUUGCUGAUUAAGAUUAUUCCUGACGUUCUAUUUUGUUUAGGGCGCUAAUUUAGUUUUUCAUUUUAAUAAUAAAAGACGAGAAGUAUGGUA